CUUUUGUGUUUUGUGAACUGUUGUGAAAUUUUUCCGAAUUGUGUUGUCGAAUUCAUUUGUACUUAAUUUUCCACCAAUUAUUACCCAUUGAACAUCCUCCUCAUCAAUACAUAACGAAGUUCUAUCUGUGACCUUAUUUACCAAAAUGACAAGCACAAAAGAUGAACCCGCCGUUUUAGCACAACAAUGUUUCUUAAAAAAGGACUACACUUCUGCAUUGCAACAUUUAAAUGAAUUGGAAAGUGUAAUUGGUAGCAACAACAAACGAAUACAACACAAUAAAGCUGUCGUUGAAUUCAUGAUUAGUGAUAUGAAAAACGUUGACAAGUUCAAGAAAGCCAUCGGUGAAUUAACAAAUUUAACUUUCCCCGAUAACGAAAUAAAAGAUCUCAGCUCUCCGUGCCUACUGUACAAUUAUGCUGUACUGUUAUAUCACUCACGUUACUACUACCAAUGUGUAUAUGUGCUAGAAAAAAUUGUUUCUUCAAAGAACAUCAAAGACAGUAAAUUGUAUCAACAAAUUGUUCUACUUCUUUUAGAAGCUACUCUCUGUAGACGUACGUAUGAUAAAACAUUAGAGAUAGCUAAGAACCAUGGAGAAUCAUUGAAAAAUAACCCUGAAUUUGGUGAAUUGUUUGAGAGACUUGUAAAUAGAGCACAACUUCUAUCUGGUCAAAAUAUCAAGCUUAACUUAAAAAAUGAUUCAAUUGAAAAUGUGUUUAUAAUAGCUCAACAACUAUACAUGAAGGGAGAUGUAAAUGAAGCAGCUAACACUCUCGGCCUGUACAAAACACUGAAAUACAAUUAUGAUUUAAAAUCACAGGGUGAGGACAUAUGGGCUGCUAUUAAUAAUAAUUUGGGUGUUAUUUACUUAUCAAUACGGAAACCUUUUUUAGCUUCGAAAUAUUUUCAACAUGCUGUGAAAGAACAUUUCAGAGCUAUAGAGAGUCCAGACAGUGAAAAGUUGAUAGCCUGUAAAGACAGACCUCUUUAUGUAUUUAAUUUAGGAUUAGCAUUAUUAGCAGCCAACAACUCGGAGGGAUCAUUUGAAUGUCUUGUAGAAGUGGCACGUCACUAUCCCAAUAACCCUCGUAUAUGGCUACACUUGGCUGAAUGUUGUGUGAAGAAGUGCUGUAGUGAGGAGGCUCAACAAUACAUGGUGAAGAAACUUGGCAGUGGGCCACACACACGCAUCUUAUUGUCAAAAGAAAAUAAAGAUAAAUAUUCCACAUCUGGUGAAUCUUUUGCAAUACCAUCUCUCUCAUUAGAAUUUGCUGCUCUGUGCCUAAGAAAUGCUAUAACAUUACUGCCUAAUUCUGAGGAAGGUGAUGAAGAUGUGGCAACACGUCUCAUACAAGCGCCACCUGGUCCUCCUAUUAAUUGGAAGCAGAGGUGCGAGUUAAAAAAUUCCACACUCGUCUUACAGAGUUAUGUCUUGUUGCAUUUGCAAGAUCCACUGUCGGCGCUUAUGAGUGCUAAUGAUUUACUUAGCCAAACCGAUGUAUCUAACAGCCAUAAAGCAUGGGCCCAUAUAUAUGCCGCUGAAGCUUUAAUUAAUUUAGAUAGAAUAACAGAUGCUGUGGAACAUUUACAACCUCCGAUGAUCCAUGAACUAGUAUCCGGGAUGCCAUAUCAGAUGCGCGAUAUGAUUGCAGUAUCUGUUUGGGCAAAAGCAGCAGUCUGUCACAUACUAAAAGGGGACUUGGUGACAGCAAGGAAAAUUCUACUACAAAUCAACUCGCCACGGGUGUUACCACUGCAGAUGUAUUUAGAAAUUUGUACAGGAAAUAUUGAAAAUUGUCAUUCUAUAUUAAGAAAGUUAAGAUUUGCCAAUUCCGCUCAGUAG